AGCCGUCUCGAAGGAGGGGCGGGGGAGGGCAGGCAGGGGAAGAAGGAGCGCGGGGGGCGGCCGGUGUGCCGCCGCUGCUGAGGAACAUGGUGUUCGAGUCGGUGGUCGUGGACGUGUUGAACCGGUUUUUGGGGGACUAUGUGGUGAACCUCGACACGUCCCAGCUCACUCUGGGCAUCUGGGGAGGAGCUGUGGCCUUGAAGAACCUUGAAAUUAAAGAAAAUGCCCUGAGUCAACUGGAUGUACCAUUUAAAAUUAAAGUUGGUCAUAUAGGUAAUCUUAAUCUUAUAAUUCCAUGGAAAAACCUUUAUACUCAACCAGUUGAAGCUGUAUUGGAAGACAUUUAUUUGCUCAUAGUGCCUUCUUCUAAAAUAAAAUAUGAUCCUCUAAAAGAAGAAAAACAACUCUUAGAAGCAAAGCAGCAGGAACUAAAAAGAAUAGAAGAAGCAAAACAAAAAGUAGCUGAUCAAGAAAACCAACGGGUGGAGAAACAGGACACUUUUACAGAGAAAUUAAUUACACAGAUCAUAAAAAAUCUUCAAGUGAAAAUUUCCAACAUCCAUAUUCGUUAUGAAGAUGAUAUCACAAAUCGGGACAACCCACUCUCAUUUGGUAUUUCCCUUCAGAAUCUCAGCAUGCAGACCACUGAUCAGUACUGGGUUCCUUAUUUACAUGAUGAAAGUGAGAAACUAUUUCGUAAGUUAAUCCGAUUGGAUAACCUUUUUGCCUAUUGGAAUGUGAAGUCUCAGAUGUUUUAUCUUAAUGAUUAUGAUGAAUCAUUGGACAGCUUGAAAAAUGGCAUUGUCUAUGAAAAUAUUGUUCCAGAAGGUUAUGAUUUUGUAUUUCGUCCCAUAUCUGCUAUUGCCAAACUUCAGAUGAAUCGCAGAUCGGAUUUUGACUUUUCUGCCCCCAAGAUAAAUCUGGAUGUUGAGUUACAUGACAUAGCAAUUGAAUUUAAUAAACUUCAGUAUUUCAGUGUUAUGGAGCUUCUUGAAUCAGUUGAUAUGAUGACACAAAAUCUACCAUAUAGAAAAUUCAAACCUGAUGUACCUCUUCACUACCAUGCCAGAGAAUGGUGGGCUUAUGCUAUACAUGGUAUUCUUGAAGUAAAUGUUGGUCCCCGCUUACGAAUGUGGUCAUGGAAGCAUAUUAGCGAACACAGGCAAAAAAUGAAGCAAUAUAAAGAACUGUAUAAAAAAAGGCUAAUAAGUAAGAAGCCAUCUGGUGAACUUCUCAUCUCUUUGGAGGAGUUGGAAAAGACUUUGGAUGUAUUUAAUAUAACUAUAUCCAGACAACAAGCAGAAGUUGAGGUAAAGAAAGCUGGAUACAAGAUUUACAGAGAAGGAGCAAAAGAUUCAGAGGAUAAUAAAGGAUGGUUUAGCUGGCUGUGGACUUGGUCAGAACCAAAUACUAAAGAACAACCAGAUGUUAAACCUGGAAUUCUUGAAGAAAUGUUGACACCUGAAGAAAAAACUUCACUCUAUGAAGCAAUUGGCUAUAGUGAAACAGCAGUUGAUCCAACCUUGCCCAAAACAUUUGAAGCCAUGAAGUUCUUUGUUCACUUGAAAAGUAUGUCUAUUGUUCUAAGAGAAAAACAAGAAAAACAUGAACUGUUAGAUAUUGUAGUAGAAGAAUUUAGCACUUUGAUUGUGCAGAGACCAGGAGCCCAAGCAAUUAAAUUUGAAACCAAAAUAGAUUCAUUUCAUGUUACUGGCUUACCAGAUAAUUCAACAAAACCCCGCCUCCUGUCUUCAUUGGAUGAUGCUACAUCACUCUUCCAAAUUACAUUUGAGAUAAAUCCUUUAGAUGAAACUGUUGCUCAAAGGUGUAUCAUAGAAGCUGAACCUUUAGAAAUGAUAUAUGAUGCAAGAACAGUGAAUAGUAUAGUGGAAUUCUUCAGACCUCCAGAAGAAGUAAAUCUAGCACAGCUCACUUCAGCAACUUUGACAAAACUUGAAGAAUUUCGUGAUAAGACAGCAACAGGUCUACUGUAUAUUAUUGAAACACAGAAAGUUCUUGAUCUCAAAAUUAAUUUGAAGGCCUCAUAUGUUAUUAUCCCACAAGAUGGAAUUUUUAGCCCUACAUCAAAUCUACUUCUUUUGGAUCUUGGUCAUCUCAAGGUGACAAGUAAAAGUCGUUCGGAAUUACCAGAUAUGAAACAAGGUGGGGCCAAACUUGAAGAAAUAAUGCAUAGAGCUUAUGAUUCCUUUGAUAUUCAGCUUACAAGCAUACAGCUGCUUUACAGCAGAGUUGGUGAUAAUUGGAAAGAAGCACGAAAACUCAAUGUAUCUACACAGCAUAUUUUGGUACCUAUGCACUUCAAUGUGGAAGUCUCUAAGGCCAUGGUUUUCAUGGAUACAAGAAUGCCCAAAUUCAAGAUUUUUGGAAAGUUACCACUGAUUUCUUUACGAAUCUCAGAUAAAAAACUGCAAGGGAUUUUGGAAUUGGUUGAAAGCAUUCCAAAACCAAAAGCUGCAACUGAAGUACAUGGCCCUGUCAAAUCAUUUCAGAUUCAAAGGUCCACUUCUUUGGGAACGUCACAGAUUUCACAGAAAAUGUAUCCUCUCUUGGAAAUUCCAUGUGUUGAAGAUGAUUCAGAGGAGGAAUUUUUUGAUGCACCGUGUAGUCCCUUGGAGGAGCCUCUUCCAUCUCCGACUAUAGUUAAAAGUUAUCAACAGAAAAAGUUUCAGAAGCCGGAUUGUUCAAAAAAUAUGACUCAGUAUAAAAUAAGAUUUGAAGUGCCAGAGGUUUUGAUUCAGUUUUAUCACCUUGUUGGAGAUUGUGAAUUACCUGUGGUAGAAAUCGAUGUCUUAGGAUUGGGCACAGAAAUUGAGCUUAGAACAUUUGAUUUGAAAGCAAAUGCCUUUUUGAAAGAGUUCUGCUUAAAAUGCCCAGAAUACUUUGAUGCAAAUAAGAAACCAGUUUAUUUGAUUACAACACUGGAUAACACAAUGGAAGAUCUGUUAACACUGGAAUAUGUGAAGGCUGAAAACAAUGUACCCAACUUGAAAAGUACCUAUAACAAUGUUGUGCAACUGAUUAAGGUGAAUUUUUCCUCUUUGGAUAUUCAUUUACAUACUGAAGCACUUCUGAAUACAAUAAAUUAUUUUAAUAAUAUCCUUCCACAAUUGGAGGAAAAAUCAGCCUCAGUGUAUGUUGCAGAGAGUGAAGACAAAGGAGAAGUCAUUAAAAAAAUAUCUUUAAAACUACCCAAGAGUGAAGAUAUUAUUACCUUGCAGAUUUUAGCAGAAUUAUCAUGUUUACAGAUCUUUAUUCAAGAUCAGAAACGUAACAUUUCUGAAAUUAAGAUUGAAGGGCUUGAUUCUGAGAUGAUAAUGAGGCCUUCAGUAACUGAAAUAAAUGCAAAGCUAAGGAAUAUAAUUGUUUUGGAUUCUGAUGUAACAGCUGUAUACAAAAAGGCUGUUUAUAUCACUGGAAAGGAAGUUUUUAGCUUCAAAAUGGUUUCUUUCAUGGAUGCAACUGCUGGUUCGGCAUACACAGAUAUGAAUGUGGUUGACGUUCAAGUUAAUUUAACUGUUGGUUGCAUUGAAGUAGUUUUUGUCACAAAAUUUCUAUAUUCCAUACUGGCUUUUAUAGAUAAUUUUCAAGCAGCUAAACAAGCCUUGGCUGAGGCAACUGUUCAGGCAGCAGGAAUGGCUGCUACUGGUGUAAAAGAACUGGCACAAAGGAGUUCCAGAAUGGCAUUGGAUGUUAACAUCAAAGCCCCAGUUGUGGUCAUCCCACAGUCUCCAGUUUCUGAAAAUGUGUUUGUUGCUGAUUUUGGACUAAUUACAAUGACAAAUACGUUCCAUAUCAUAACAGAGAGCCAGAGCAACCCCCCACCCAUUAUUGAUUUGAUAACGAUAAAGCUGAGUGAAAUGCGACUAUACAGGACUCAAUUUAUUAAUGAUGCAUAUCAGGAGGUACUGGAUCUACAACUGCCAUUAAAUCUUGAGGUGAUUGUUGAGCGAAAUUUAUCCUGGGAGUGGUACCAGGAAGUUCCUUGUUUUAAUGUAAAUGCUCAGCUAAAACCCAUGGAGUUCAUCCUUAGUCAAGAAGAUAUAACAACUAUUUUUAAAACAUUGUAUGGCAAUAUAUGGUAUGAAGAAGGUGAUAGUGCCUCACCUGUAGGAAUAAAAGAUCAGGGUAGUGUUACUAGUGGAGUUACUUCAUAUCAUUCAGGAGGAACAACUGUAGUGACAGCUGCUGUGGUAGAAGUACAUUCACGUGCCUCUCAAGUUAAGACAACACUAAAUUUGAGUUUCAAAACUGAUUAUCUCACCAUGGUACUGUAUAGUCCAGGUCCUGAACAGACUUCCUUUAUAGACGUUCGUGAUCCUUCUCUGGAACUUGCCGAAUUUAAGUUGGAGAAUAUUAUAAGUACUUUAAAAAUGUAUACAGAUGACUCAACAUUUUCUUCCUUCUCAUUAAAAAACUGUAUUUUGGAUGAUAAAAGGCCUCAUGUCAAGAAGGCAACUCCUAGAAUGAUAGGACUGACAGUUGGAUUUGACAAAAAGGACAUGAUGGAUGUAAGGUAUAGGAGAGUCAGAGAUGGUUGGGUGACUGAUUUAGUCCUUCAAGAGAUGUAUAUUUGUGCAAGUGUGGAAUUUCUGCUGACAGUUGCAAAUGUCUUUCUUGAGGCUUACACCACAAGCACUGCUGUAGAAACCAAUGUUCAAACAUGGACUGCUAAGGAAGAAGUACCUAUACAGGAAUCAGUGAAGUGGGAAAUUAAUAUUCUUAUUAAAAAUCCUGAAAUUGUGUUUGUGGCUGAUAUGACAAGAAAUGAUGCUCCUGCCUUAGUCAUUACAACGCAAUGUGAAAUUUGUUGGCUAGGUGACCUUGAAAGCAAUACAAUGACUGCUGCCAUUAAAGAUCUCCAAGUGAGAGCAUGCCCAUUUCUUCCAGUAAAGAGAAAAGGCAAAAUCACUACUGUUUUGCAGCCCUGUGACUUGUUCUAUCAAGCUACUCAGAUAGGUACAGAUCCACAAGUGAUUGAUGUAUCAGUAAAAUCCCUGACACUGAAGGUUUCACCAGUUAUCAUAAAUACUGUGAUUACCAUAACUUCAGCACUUUCUACAACUAAGGAAACCAUCCUACAAGAAACUGCUUCGUCUACAGCACAUUUAUGGGAAAAGAAGGAUACAAAGAAUUUAAAAAUGUGGUUUCUUGAAGAACCAAAUGAAGUUGAAAACUUAGCUCCCACAACUGAAUUGGUACCCAAAGGAGAGAUAAUAAGAAUGAACAUUGAUUCUAUUUUUAUAGUUCUUGAGGCUGGAAUUGGUCAUAGAACAGUGCCCAUGCUUUUGGCAAAAUCACGUUUUUCAGGAGAAGGCAAAAACUGGAGUACCCUAAUAAAUCUCCACUGUCAACUUAAGCUGGAAGUGCAUUAUUACAAUGAAAUGUUUGGUGUAUGGGAGCCUUUGCUUGAACCCUUAGAAAUUGAUCAGACUGAGGAUUUUAGACCGUGGAAUCUUGGAAUCAAGAUGAAAAAGAAAGCAAAAAAGGCCAUUGUUGAGUCAGAUACUGAAGAAGAAAAUUACAAAGUCCCAGAAUAUAAAACUGUCAUCACUUUUCAUUCAAAAGACCAACUAAACAUUACAUUAUCCAAAUGUGGCCUUAUAAUGUUAAAUAAUUUAGUCAAGGCAUUUACAGAAGCCGCCACUGGAUCUUCAGCUAUCUUCAUAAGGGAUCUAGCGCCAUUUCUGAUUUUAAAUUCUCUUGGACUUACUAUCACUGUUUCACCAAGUGAUUCUUUCAGCGUACUCAAUGUUCCUAUGGCAAAAUCAUAUGUAUUGAAAAAUGAGGAAAGUUUAAGUAUGGAUUAUUUUGGAACUAAAGAUAAUGAUCAUUUCAACGCAAUGACCAGCCUAAGCAGCAAGCUCUUCUUCAUUCAUCUUACACCUGCUAACCACUCUGCUGCUGAUAAAAUUCCUUUAACAAAAGUGGGACGACGACUGUACACUGUAAGACACAGGGAGUCUGGAGUUGAAAGAUCUAUUGUUUGUCAAAUUGAUGGAGUAGAAGGAAGUAAGAAGGUAACAAUUCGCUCCCCAGUGCAGAUUAGAAACCAUUUUUCAAUCCCGCUUUCUGUUUAUGGAGGAGACGCUUCAUUGGGAACGGCUUCACCUGGAAAUGAAUUCAACAUACCAUUAACAUUUUACCGAUCACUCCUUUUUCUGAAGCCAGAAGAUGAGGACUAUCAAAUGUGUGAAGGAAUUGACUUUGAAGAAAUCAUAAAAAAUGAUGGCACUUUUCUAAAGAAGAAAUGUAGACCUAUCAACCCAUCAAAGAAACCAUUUAUCAUUAAUAUUGUCCCAGAAAAAGAUAACUUGACAUCUCUGUCAGUAUAUUCAGAAGAUGGUUGGGACUUACCAUACAUAAUGCAUCUAUGGCCACCUAUCCUACUCCAAAAUCUUCUUCCUUAUAAAAUUGCUUAUUAUGUAGAGGGGAUUGAACAUAGAGUUUUUACUCUAAACGAAGGACAUUCAGCCCAGAUUUGUACUGUGGAGUUGGAUAAAGCCAAGCUACAUUUAAAAUUACUUGACUAUCUUAAUCAUGACUGGAAAAGUGAAUAUCAUGUAAAAUCUAAUCAGCAAGAUAUUAGUUUCAUCACUUUUACCUGUGUUACAGAAUUAGAAAAGACUGAUUUAGAUAUUGCUAUCCAUGUGACUUAUAAUACUGGCCAGACAGUUGUGGCAUUUCAUAGUCCUUAUUGGAUGGUCAAUAAAACUGGUCGAAUGUUACAGUAUAAAGCAGAUGGAAUUCAUCGAAAGCAUCCACCUAAUUAUAAAAAGCCAGUUCUCUUUUCUUUUCAGCCAAAGCACUUUUUUAAUAACAAUAAGGUUCAGCUUAUGGUAACUGAUAGUGAAUUGUCAGAUCAGUUUUCAAUUGAUACCGUUGGUAGUCAUGGAGCUGUCAAAUGUAAAGGCCUGAAAAUAGAAUAUCAAGUUGGUGUCACUAUAUACCUCAGCAGUUUUAACAUUACCAGAAUUGUGACAUUUACCCCUUUUUAUAUGAUUGAAAACAAAAGCAAAUAUCGUAUAUCAGUGGCUGAAGAGGGAAGUGAUAAAUGGUUCUCUCUUGAUUUAGAGCAGUGUAUCCCCUUUUGGCCUGAGGAUGCUUCUAAUAAACUUCUGAUUCAAGUUGAAAGAAAUGAAGGCCCUCCAAAAAAGAUACAUUUUAACAAGCAAGAAAAUUGUAUUUUAUUGCGUCUAGAUAAUGAGCUUGGAGGUAUUAUAGCAGAAGUUAACUUGGCUGAGCAUUCUACAGUUAUUACAUUUUCAGAUUAUCAUGAUGGAGCAGCUACAUUCCUGUUAAUAAAUCACACCAAGAAUGACAUUGUUCAGUACAAGCAAAGUUCUCUCAGGGAAAUAGAAGAUUCCCUCCCUCCGGGAAAAGCAGUAUUUUAUACAUGGGCUGAUCCAGUGGGCUCUAGAAAGCUGAAGUGGACAUGUGGAAAAAGCCACGGUGAAGUAACACAAAAGGAUGAUAUGAUGACACCUAUAAAUUUGGGGAAAAAGACCAUUUAUUUAGUUUCAUUCUUUGAAGGCUUACAACGCAUUAUUUUAUUUACUGAAGAUCCAAGGGUAUUUAAAGUGACAUAUGAAAGUGAGAAAGCAGAGUUAGCAGAGCAAGAAAUUGUGUUGGCAUUACAAGAUGUUGGAAUUUCUCUCGUCAACAAUUACACAAAGCAAGAAGUAGCCUAUAUUGGCAUUACAAGUUCUGAUGUGGUUUGGGAGACAAAGCCCAAGAAGAAGGCAAGAUGGAAGCCAAUGAGUGUAAAGCACACUGAGAAGUUAGAGAAAGAAUUCAAGGAAUAUACUGAAUCUUCACCUUCAGAAGAUAAGGUUAUAGAGUUGGACACUAACAUUCCGGUUCGCUUCACACCCAGUGGUACUAACAUGAAAAUUCUGCAACCACAUGUAAUAGCUAUACGAAGAAAUUAUCUUCCAGCAUUAAAAGUAGAAUAUAGCACAUCUGCACACCAGUCAUCAUUUAGAAUUCAAAUUUAUAGAAUACAGAUCCAAAACCAGAUACAUGGUGCUAUAUUUCCAUUUGUGUUUUAUCCUAUUAAACCUCCCAAGUCAAUCACCAUGGAUUCAGCACCAAAGCCCUUUACAGAUGUCAGUAUUGUCAUGAGAUCUGCAGGGCAUUCCCAGAUAUCACGUAUUAAGUACUUCAAAGUGUUGAUCCAAGAAAUGGAUCUCAGGUUAGAUCUUGGGUUUGUCUAUGCUUUAGCAGAACUUGUGACAGAAGCUGAAGUGACUGAAAAAACAGAGGUUGAACUUUUUCAUAAAGAUAUAGAAGCUUUCCAAGAAGAAUGUAAAACAGUUUCAUUGGCAGACUCAUCACAAGUCAGUCUCUAUGAAUACUUUCAUAUAUCUCCUAUCAAGUUGCAUUUAAGUGUUUCACUGAGUUCGGGUAAAGAAGCUAAAGAUUCAGAACAACGUGGAGGACUGAUUGCAGUUCAUUCUUUAAAUCUUUUGCUGAAGAGUAUUGGUGCCACUCUUACAGAUGUACAAGAUGUAGUUUUUAAGCUUGCAUUUUUUGAACUCAACUAUCAGUUCCAUACAACAUCUGAACUACAAUCUGAAGUAAUAAGACACUAUUCAAAACAGGCCAUUAAGCAGAUGUAUGUACUCAUUCUUGGACUUGAAGUUUUGGGAAAUCCCUUUGGCUUGAUUAGAGAAUUUUCUGAAGGUGUGGAAGCAUUUUUUUAUGAACCUUACCAGGGAGCCAUUCAGGGUCCUGAAGAGUUUGUCGAAGGAAUGGCACUAGGACUGAAAGCACUAGUUGGUGGGGCUGUUGGUGGAUUAGCUGGUGCUGCCUCCAGAAUCACCAGUGCUAUGGCUAAAGGGGUAGCAGCUAUGACUAUGGAUGAAGACUACCAACAGAAGAGAAGAGAAGCCAUGAAUAAGCAACCAGCUGGUCUUAGAGAAGGCAUCACUCGUGGAGGAAAAGGCUUAGUUUCUGGUUUUGUAAGUGGCAUAACAGGAAUUGUUACAAAACCAAUCAAAGGAGCUCAAAAAGAAGGAGCAGCUGGUUUCUUUAAAGGUGUUGGGAAAGGUUUAGUUGGAGCAGUGGCAAGGCCAACAGGAGGCAUCAUAGACAUGGCUAGCAGUACAUUUCAGGGAAUAAAAAGAGCUACAGAGACUUCUGAUGAAGUAGAGAGUCUCCGACCCCCUCGAUUCUUUAAUGAAGAUGGAGUUAUCAGACCGUACAGGUUGAGGGAUGGUACUGGAAAUCAAAUGUUACAGGUCAUGGAAAAUGGAAGAUUUGCAAAAUAUAAAUAUUUUACCCAUGUCAUGAUCAAUAAAACAGAUAUGUUAAUGAUAACCAAAAGUGGUGUAUUGUUUGUAACCAAAGGAACAUUUGGACAGCUUACGUGUGAAUGGCAGUAUAGUUUUGAUGAGUUUACCAAAGAGCCAUUCAUUGUUCAUGGAAGGAGAUUGCGCAUUGAAGCAAAGGAACGAGUGAAAUCUGUAUUCCAUGCCAAAGAGUUUGGAAAAAUAAUUAACUUCAAGACCCCAGAGGAUGCUAGGUGGAUCCUUGCGAAGCUAGAAGAAGCAAGAGAACCUUCCCCAAGCCUCUGAUGGAAAACACUGCCUGAAGACACACAGCAAUAAAUCAUUACAGUUUGCACUUUGGUACCUUCCAAAACCUGUUAGGGAUCUAUAGAACAGAAGUAUUUCAAGUACUAAAAAAAAAAAAAUCAGUUAGAAUCAGGUAAAAUAGCUAUGUGAUUAAAAUAUUUCAACUCUUUGGGGAUCUAUUUGGUUUUCUAACUUGAAUCAUGCAUCUGGUUAAAAUUCUAAUUACCUUAUAAAAGAAACAUUUCUUUUAUGAAUCUUAAAUAUUUGCUCUAGGUGAUUCUCUGCAGUGCUGGAGGAGUUGCCCAUAUUUAGCCUUCACAUGGAGCUAAGUUUAAUGUUCCUAGUUUACAUUUUAAACUUCUAUCAUGCUUACUUCAAACUCUCUGAAUGAGUGACAGAUAAAUGAUCAAAUCAGACAUUGCCUCAGUGGUAUCAAGAGAACUUCAGUGGUGGUUUCUUUAGAAACAUGAAGUUCUUUUUACAGACAAAUAUUUUGGUAUUAUUUUCCUUAUUUUUUUAAAAUAAAGGAUAGGUUUUAACUAUACUUCAAAUGCAAAGCAUGACUAUGAAAAACAAUCUUUUUUAUAUAAUAUAAUAUAUAUUGAAUAAUACUCCUUCAAGCUUCCUCUUACAAAAGGCUUGAAGAAAUGAGUGGCAUACAUAAAAAUGGAAAGCCCUCUUAGAACUUUUGAAGCCUUAGAAAUAUUUCCUCAAGCCAACUCCAUUGGAUCUACUUGGUUUACCCAGGUCAUGUUUUUAAUAGAUUGCUUGACUUUAAAGGAAAAUUCCUGAAGCCUUAACAAUACCAACUUUCCAUUCACUGGUAAUAUGAAAUAAACAAAAUUCCCACCAUCUUAGAUAUGAGUUAUGUUUCUGAACAGACAGCCCCUCUCACAGGUAAAUGUAUGUACCCUAAAAUCUAACCCAGUAAGCUGUCCUGUUUGCAAUAGAUUGAGAAUUUCUAAUUUGCUUUCUCUACAGUUAUUCUAAUGAGAAUCACUCUUUUAAAUAUAUAGCUCAUCAGAACAAAAAUCAUGGUCUGCAUAUUAGUAAAAAUAAGGUCAUGGGUUUUGUUUUUUUUCUUGGUUUUUGUCCAAGAUCCUUGUACCUCAAUAUUAAUUGACUUUUUCAAGUGGAGGGGGAUGAAUAUAUGAUUGUGAACCAUGAAGAGAAUGAUGCAGUGUCUCAUUUAGUUAUUGAAUAAUACAGAGUAUUUGAUGCAUGUUGUAUGUGCUGCCAAAUUAUUAUAAACUUUUUGGAAUUGGAGACUGUAUAGUCAAUGGUUGUGAAAUUCUCCUCAGGCUCCUCAAACCCUUGCUUUGUUGUAAAAGCUAAAAUAAACAGCAUGCCAGACUGUAAUUGUAUUUCUUCCUGACCAUGUCCUGCUACUAAAUACUAUUGAUUUUCCUGAUUAUAAAAACACUUUGUUUAUUAUCAGUAGUUUCCCCCAGAAUGUUUUUUUCUUUGCUGAACAUAAAUUGAGUCAAAAGAUGACAAAUUUCAAAUCACAUGGUAGUGCGUACUCCUAUGAUGACCUUUGUUCAAAGUAGCAUAUGCCUUUUCUCUGUUGCUGAGCUCCUCCAAUUUUGCAUACAUCAGAAUUCAACCUAAGAGUAGAGUAGUCAGAAAACUUCCAUCAGAUUGUCCUCAUCCGAAAUGUUGCUUUACUGGAGUUCUAUUCAGUACCGUUAGCUAAGUACCUCAUUACCUACUCCAGUUUCAUGAUUUCAUUCUCAGAAAAAAUACAGAUCCAUAACUCCUUGAGUGUCCCAUGGUAAAGGGGAAAAGCCUAAAAGAGGAAACAUGGAAAUUCUUCUGGUAUCUUCUGGAACUGCAGGAGUGGGUUUUGUAACUAGUACACAUGUAAAGCCAGUGUGCCUAUCCUCCUGUUCCCUUACCAAUAAGAACCUAGAAGUAUCUUUUCUUCUUUCUUUACCACUCAUCUACCCAUCAACACCUCCCAUCACUUUCUCUGUUUCUAGAGUAGAAAGACCCACAAUUUCAAGAGCAGUGGUUUAUCAAUUGUCUUCAUCUAAACAAAGAACAUCAGUAGAUCACUAGAUAAUGUCAGUCUUUUUAGCAUAACAUUUUACAAUUUACAAUUAUGCGUUUGAUUCUAUAUUC